AUGAAGCCUUUCGCAUCAUCCGCAGCCGUCCUCGAAGACGAAGCCGGGGAGACGACGCCACUUCUUGCCGAGGCGCUGGCCCGAAGGCAAGAGCAUCGCUACUCAGACGCAAGUAGUUCAGAAUCGCCAUCUGAAGCGUCGUCGCAACGGAGUGAGGAAGAGCAGUUUUCUCCCCGGACCUCCGGGCCAUCACCGCCCGGCGAAGUCUCUGCGAAGAGACACCACCACCACGGCCGCCACCGCUUCUGGCCGUACGCCGCAGUGCUAUGUGGUGCGCUCUCGCUGGUCGCGGACCUUGGAGACGGGUUGACUGCGGCACCCGAAGUGCGAUUGCUGGAGAUGGCGGUUUGCAGAGACUACUACCGCACGCGCGAUCCGAGCGUCAUCGGCCCUCCACCGCUGAACUAUGUGCGCGAGGAACUAUGCAAGCGCGACGAAAUACAGGUUGAGUUGGCGUAUCUGCGUGCGCUCAAGAGCUUGUUUGCUGCUAUUCCUGGUCUCUUUUGUACCGUCCUUUUCGGAAGACUUGCAGAUCUGUGGGGCCGUAAGCCGAUUCUGUUGCUGGGCAUGACAGGCCAGAUUCUGACUUACCUCUGGGUCAUUCUGAUCUGCUACUUUCACGAGGUCUUCCCAACCAGACUUGUUUGGGCAUCAGCCAUCUUCCAACUCAUGGGAGGUGGCCAUCGUAACAUCUCAGCACUCAUGAAUACCGUGAUUGUUGAUGUUGCUCCGGAAUAUGCCAGGACCUCAACCUUCUACCUUGUUGGCGCCUUGAUCAGAGUAACCGAUAUGGUCUCCGCCGCCGGAGGCUCAUGGCUCCUCUCACGAGACCUCUGGCUCCCCUUCAAAAUCAGUACCCCCAUCCUCCUCACCUCCCUCCCCAUCAUCCUCUGCCUCCCCGAAACCGCUCCUCCGCGCGCCGCCCCUCGCGACCGCCACGACAGCGUCAUCAGCGAAACUCCUUCCACCACCUCCACCAGCCUCGCCACCAAAUCCAAGACAACCCUCCUCACCCUCCUCCACAUCAUCCCCACGCACGCCCCGGCCCCCACCCCCCUCCUCCUCUGCUUCCUAACCAUCUUCCUCAAAACCUUCGCCCUGAUGUCCUACCACCUCUACCUGCAAUAUGCCUCCCGCACGCUGCGCUGGCCCAUCGCCUCGGCCGGCUACCUCCUCUCCGUCAAGGCCUUCAUGUCGCUGCUCGUCCUCCUCGUCCUGCCGCUCGCCGGCGCGGCGGCGGCUAGGCGACGCGUGCCCGCCGUGGCGGUGGAUACGUGGGUGGCGCGCGGGAGCCUGGCGUGCUUGGCGGCGGGGAGUGCGAUGGUGGGGUGGGCGAGUGUGUUUGGUGGUGGUGGGGGGAGUGGGGGAAGAAGAGGAGGAGGGGAACAGGGUAUGGCGGUCGCGCUGGUGGUGGUCGGGUUGGUGCUGGCGAGUGUGGGGAAUGGGAUUACGCAGACGAUGAGGGGGUUGGUGGCGCAUUUUGCGCAGCGGCCGCGGUCGGCGGCGGGGGGUGAUGGUGGUGAUGGUGAGGGGGAAAGGGAGAGUAGGACAACGAGAGAAGGCGAGGGGACUGGGAGUAGGAUGGGACAGCUUUAUGCGGGAAUUGCGUUGUUGGAGCUGAUCGCGGUGUUGACGGGGGAGAUGGCGUUUGCAGCGCUGUUUGGGCUGGGGACGAGGCUGUCGUCGGGGGGUGGAGAAGGAGGAGGCGGAUCCGGGUCGUGGUGGGUGAAGGGCUGGAUGGGGUUGCCGUUUUAUGCUGCCGCGGUCAUAUUCUUCCUGGGCUUUGUCUGUGCCAUAAGAAUACCCCUUGCGGUGUCGAAUACCCAACGGAACUAA